AUGUCAGAGGAAGAAGAUUCCUUUCUAAACAUUAAAAGAUCCCUGAAGAAAAGAAUGGUGAAACACAGCACUCCAGUGGACUCGAUGCUCUCGAGAACGAUGCCGUCUCUAAUGGACUUGACAAAUCAGUCAAUCAAGGACCAAGAUGCCAGUAAGAGAGUUUAUGGAUCCCCAAUGCCAAAAUCGUCUCUCAGCAGAUCACUAGCUCAGUUAUCAUCAGUACGCGUUGAUGCAUACUUCCCUCACGCUGUGUCCCCAAAAAGGCUCUCAAAAGUAUUUGACUCACAAGAGUUGAGUGAAGAGAGAAGCCAAAGCUCUUGGGCUGUGCUUCCUAGAAGGAGACUUUCAACGGUGCUGGCCUCAGAUGAAUCAGCUGAAGAACCAAGCAAUAAGGGUGUCCCUCCUGCAGAAAAUGAAGCGGAAACUGAAGUCCCCUCUGAAGCAAUUGAGGAGGCUGCAGCAACUCCCAAGCAUGGACUUUCGUGGCUGGUUACUGGAAUACCAGGGAUAAAAGAUCCCCCAAUAGCAAAAGCCAAAAAGAAGAGAAUUGAUAAAGCUCUUGUGAAGAAGAAGCAAAGAGAAUGGGUGCUCCGCCAACUUAAAAAUAUUGAAGAAGCAACUGAACAUGAACUUACAAUUGAGGAAGCUUGA